AUGUCACCUUCCCUCGAGCAAAGAGUCAUUGAGGCACUUGAGAAGUGCUCCACCGCCACAGACACCCCCUUCGACGAUGUCUUGCGCGUCGCGCUGAAGGUCACGCAGAAGAUGCUUGAGCAGGCCGAUCCGACCGAAACUCCUGCGCCAGUCGGUCCAGCUGCACCAUCGGUUCCUCUCGUCGCUCAGAUCGCUCCUCCAGCACCUCAUACAGCUCCCGAGCCUAUUCCAGCUCAAGCUGUCGCCUCGUCCGUCGUUCCUGUCAACACUGCUACACCUGCCGCUCGUCGAGUUCUACGUGCCGCGCUUCCUCUGGCGAUGGCUUCUGCCCGCAAGCGAGCCGCUCGCGAAAGCUUCUCGCCGACCCCGACUGUUGGUGACGAAAAUGACGAGAGAGACGAGUUCGUCUGUGAGUUCGCUGGCUGUGGUCGCUCUUAUGAGCACAAGGGCUCUCGCACCCGUCACUACAAGGUCAACCAUGGCGGUCAACGUCCUCGAUCAAAGUGA